AUGAGCACACCAGGGCUGGCACUGGCUAAAUGUUACAAGCAAGGCCUUAUCCCAGCAAAUGCUUUUCUUCAAAUGUCCAUUCGCUGCUCACACGCGCACGUUUUUCGAAAGAGACCAGCUCAACUCAUCGUCAAUCGGAUCAAGGAUAUCGUGCACUUCUACAUGAUCGGAAUCGGUUUGAUGCCCGUGCUAGGUUUUCUCUUCUAUCUUCACGUCGUGAACGGAACUUGCGAGCUCAAGGAUAUCCCAACAGAAGGUCCACCACCCGCUUACUGGCAAUUCGAAAGGACCCCGGCUCGUCAAUGGUUUGCCAGAAAUUUCGGCAUCUCUGACAUGGAACAUCACGAACGAAAUUUGGCCUAUUACGAGAAGAUGGCCACCGUAUCACGAUGGAGGAAAAUCGAACAACGAAUGCGGCAUCUUGAGAGCGAGCGAUUGGACUACAAGGGAUGGCAUUACACCCCCGUAUCGGCUGAUUGGAUUGAUCUUGCAACACGGUCACUACGGAUAUUAAAAUCUGGCCAGCUGCUCGAGCCCCAC